AUGUCCGAUCGGGCGAGCUUCAACGAAAAGCACAUCAAUGAAAAAGUCAUUGAUUCACCACCGAGUGAAUUGGAUCAUGGAAUUGUUAAAGAUUGGGAUGAGGAGGAGUCAGCUGUGACGCGCAAAAUCGACUUCAUUAUCUUACCGACUCUGGCCCUCGCCUUCUUCUGUCUCCAGAUGGAUCGAGGCAAUAUCAGCGCCGUUCUUACCUCGACUAUUACCAAAGACCUGAAUAUCACCACCAACCAGAUCAACAUCGGCACUCAAUUGCUCUCUGCCGGCAUCGUGCUCGCCGAGAUCCCUUCCAAUAUCAUUAUGCAGCGCAUUGGGCCUCGCGCCUUUGUCCAGUCAUAUCCCGCAUUCCUUGUCACUCGCAUCUUGCUGGGCUUCUGUGAGGGUGGUUUCAUUCCUGGUGCUCUAUACUACCUGUCCACCUGGUAUAAAAGAGAGGAGACCAGUCUGCGGACUAGCCUCUUCUUUUAUGGUCAGAUGUUUGCCUCGGCGACAUCAAGCCUGAUCUCCGCCGGCCUGCUGCGCCUUUCUGGAACGCAUGGAAUGGAGGGUUGGCGAUGGAUUUUCCUGGUGGAGGGCCUUCUCACACUAUUUAUCGGCAUCUUUUUCACUCUCCUUGUCCCACCAAAGGCAGGCGAUGGCCGCCCGCUCAUUGCCUUUGGUCGCUGGAGCUACUUCACCGAGCGCGAAUCGCACAUCAUUCGCAAUCGCGUCCUGCUGGACGACCCGCGCAAGGCGCAGGGCCAUAUCCAAAUCUCUUGGUCGGAUAUUGCAAACACCCUGAAACAGCCGCGGAUCAUGCAGCACGUGUUCCUCACUCUUGUCUCCAUGUCUGGAUUCCAGGGUCUCACUCAAUAUACCCCCAGCAUGAUCAAGUCCCUUGGAUUCGACUCCAUCAAGGCGAAUGCUUUGACCUCGGUCCCGGUGUAUUGCAGUAUAAUAUGGUUGACAAUUUUGUCGCUUGCGUCAGACUGGACUGGUCACCGAGGACCCUUUGUGUUGGUCGCCAUCACUUGGAAUGUUAUCUCCUACGUAUGCCUGAAGACAGCACCAUACACGUUGGAGAAGUGGCAUCGAUAUGGAAUCAUUGCAGUCGCCAAUAUCUCCUAUUGCAGCAUGCACAUUCUCAACGUAGGCUGGCUGUCCGUCUACUGUCGCACCCCGCAGGAGCGAAGUGUUGCCAUGGCCCUGGUGGUGAUGGCGGCCAAUUGUGCUGGUAUCUCCGGCUCUCAGAUCUUCCGCACCGCGGACGCGCCCAAGUAUACGCACGGUCUGACGGCGAUCUGUGCCUUGGCCGGAGCAUCAUGGGGCCUUGCAGCCAUCCUUGGUGUGCAGUAUUAUAUUCGGCGUCGCAAGGCGGGCGAAAAUAAAGUAUGA